AUGGAUACCAAUGCCGAGAUCAACACUCCCACCACUACUUCCACUUUCGAAAACGUUCUCUUCACCGACGAAAGAUACGAGACAGGCUACGAGAAAAACAACAAAGAUGAGUACACCACGAGCAAUUACAACUACAAUGACGAUGACUACACCCUCAGCAACUACAAUACCAAUGGCUACGACGGCAACUACAACAAUAAUGGAUACGAGACCGAGAGACAAGGAAUGAGUUACACCAGAUUUGUGGAAGGUGGUAAGCAUUUUUAUAAUGUGGAGAACAAGAAUUUCUACCCUAAUGAAUAUGAGUUUUCAUCGAGCAAGGAAACUAGUGAAAAUGAAGGUUACUACGGAAAUACAGAGAACCCCAUGGAAGAUGAGUACCAGGAGAGACAAGAAGAGCAUGUGCCCUUGAUAUUUGGUUUGGAAGAGUGA